GGAACGCUUACAGUAGAAGAGGUCUACAAGGACAGAGACCAGUUCGCCGGCCUAGUCCGCGAGGUGGCGGCACCCGACGUCGGCCGAAUGGGCAUCGAGAUACUGUCCUUCACGAUCAAGGACGUCUACGAUGACGUGCAGUACCUGGCCAGUUUGGGCAAGUCCCAGACGGCGGUCGUCAAGAGAGACGCGGACGUUGGCGUCGCGCAAGCCAACAGAGACGCCGGUAUUAGGGAAGCGGAGUGCGAAAAAAGUGCUAUGGACGUUAAGUAUUCAAUGGAUACGAGAAUCGAAGAUAACACAAGACUUUUUAAACUGCAAAAAGCACAAUUCGACCAGGAAGUCAACACUGCUAAAGCCGAAGCAGCGUUAGCUUACGAACUCCAAGCUGCGAAAAUCAAACAGAAAAUCCGAAACGAAGAAAUCCAAAUCGAAGUUGUGGAGCGCCGUAAACAAAUCGAGGUGGAGCAGCAGGAAAUUCUUCGUCGCGAGGAAGAGCUCGUGGCAACCGUGCGUCUACCCGCUGAAGCGGAGGCUUACCGUCUCCAGGCUAUUGCUGAAGGAAAACGUACGCAAACAGUGGAAGGUGCCAAAGCUGACGCGGAGCGCAUCAAGGUGCUGGGUCUGGCCGAAGCCACGGCCAUCGGUGACGUGGGCAAAGCGGACGCGGAACGAAUGCUGGCCAAGGCCAAGGUCUACAAACAGUAUGGAGACGCUGCCAUCAUGGCACUGGUCCUGGAAGCUUUGCCUAAGAUCGCUGCAGAGGUAUCGGCGCCGUUGGCUCGCACGGACGAGAUCGUACUAGUUGGAGAUUCCGGUGCUACGGGUGAAGUGGCCCGUCUCGCAUCCGGCCUGCCACCCGCCAUAAAGACUCUGACCGGGCUCGACCUCACCGCCGUGCUCAAACGUCUGCACCCCGCCGAAGAUGGGGCCGGUGUUAACUCAGCAGCCGCUGCUCCCAAGAAGAAAGAAGUCACUGUGUGUUAAGAAAACACUCCGCCAUCUUCGAUGCCUUACCACCGGUCAGUCCCUUUCCAUUUUCCCAAAGCCACACACGACAAAACAGUGACGUAAAUUAAACAAGAAUCGAACCUACAGAAUGAUAGAAUAAUUUUUAUUUUUGAUUUCUUAUGCUUAUCAACAAAG